AUGCUCCGGACGUUUCGGCACUUUGGCGGCUGCAAUCUGCGAUACGGCUGUACCGAAGUAGUUCGAAACCCAGCGACUGGGCUCCUCGUCUUUGCUCUGCCGGGUAUGAGUCCCGAGGGGCCGCCCGGCUUUCAGGCCUCUGACGGGCAGCUGCUGGCGGCGGUGGCGGCGGCGGCCCCGGACCAGCGGGCAGUGUGGGACGCGGUUUCGGAGCUGCUGCCGCUGCUGCUGCACGCCACCGCCGACGGGCCGCUGCGGGGCUUCUCAGUGGACGUGGAAACUACCGGGCUGCAGUGGCGGACGGAGCGGAUCUUGGAGCUGGCGGCGGUAGACCUCACGACCG